AUGCAUAUAGGUGGUGUUUAUUUACUUAGUGGUACAAAUGUUGGAAAAAGUAGUUUAUUUAAUAGUCUUAUUGAUUCUGAUCUUUUUCAUAUUCAUGCACUUGAUUGUAUUCAACGUGCAACUCAAUCAAAUCUUCCUGGUACAAUAAUGAAUGUUCUUCGUUUUCCAAUCCAAUUACGAACUGGAAAAAAUCAAUUUAUGCGUGAAGAACGUUUAAAAGAACGCGAAGAAAAUGAAAUUGUUCCUGAUGAAAAUAGUAAUUCAAUUGAAAAUGAAACAAAUAUUGAUCGUAUGUUUCUUCUUUGCCUUCUAAGGAGUAAAAUAUUAACGACAAAUUGUUUAGAAAAUGUUGAAUCAACAGUAAAAUGGCCUCGUCGAUUUGAAUCUGAAAUGAAUUUAUCAAAAAGUGGUGUAUCAUAUACAUAUUCAUCUGGUGAAAAUUCUUUUUAUGAAGAUCGUUCAUUUGAAUCAAGUGAACAUAAUUAUAUAAAUUAUCGACAAAAGAAAAUGCGAGCUUUUAAUCCUGAUUCAUAUAAAGAUGAAAAAUAG